GCGCGGAGGCCUCCGGCUCCGGGGCCGCGUCCGGGUCCGGGGGGCGCCGCCGCCGCAGCCGCAGCCGCCGCGAUGCCGCCAGGUGGGAGACCUUCGGCUCCAGAAUGGACCCAGCGACCUAUGCUGAGUAUUUGAAAGAGUCUGGAAACCAGAUUUUUAAAAGUGGGAACUUUUCCUUGGCCGUCAGAAAAUAUGACGAGGCCAUCCAGGUGCUGCUGCAUUUGUACCAUUGGGUCCCCCCAAGAGACCUGGCUGUGCUUCUCUGCAACAAGUCUAAUGCGUUUUACAACCUGGGGAAAUGGAACGAGGCAUUUUAUGCGGCCAAAGAGAGCCUCCAGUGGGAUCCCUCUUAUGUCAAGGGAUACUACCGGGCUGGCUACUCGCUGCUGCAGCUGCUGCAGCCCUAUGAGGCCGCUCAGAUGUUUUUGGAAGGUCUGCGCAUCCUUCAGAGCUCCCCGGACCAGGUGCAGAUCUCCGACCUCAUCGUGGGCAUCUUCACCACCAUCAGCGGGGAGCAUGUCAUCUUGCGCAGCUUCCUGCCCUUCUUUGAAAAGAUUUUCAGUGUUGGCUUUGACGCAACCGUCUGGCAGGCGGUCAUCGAGAAGCUGGCCAAGAAGGGGCUGUGGCAUUCCUUCCUGCUGCUGUCCACCAAGAAGGACAAGCUGCCCCGCGACCUCAGGGUCCCCGACUUGUCGCUGAAGGGUCUCUUUGAGAAAUACGUCCUCUUCGGGCACUAUGAGAAGAUGGAGCAGAUGCCAAAGCUGGUGCAGUGGCUGAUCUCGCUGGGAGCCAGCGUCGAGAGCAUCGGGCCCUACCCCCUGCACGCCAUCAUGAAGCUCUGCAUCCAAGCAAAGGAAAACCACCUAUUCAGGUGGCUCAUGGACCAGAAGCCUGAGCUCAGAGUGGACAUCAACCAGACGGACGCUGACGGCUGCACCCUCCUGCACCUCGUGGCCUCCCACUGCGCCGGCUACCUAGGCAGACGCCAGACUGAAGAUGUGCAGAUGCUCUUGUGCUUGGGGAUUGACCCCACCAUUGUGGACAGGCAGGCGCGCUGCGCCAUCGACAUUCUCAAGCGCAACAAGAACUUCAAAGCUGUUGACAAAAUCAACUCCUUCUUGGAGAGUCGCAAGCGGGGCUGCGCCAAGAGCACCUCAGGGCAGAAUGUGAGCGAGGCGUCCCUGCGGGAGAGCCACGCCUUCUUGGACAUCCUGGAACCCUUCAUCCAGUACCUGUGCACCGAGAAACCGCUCAGCAGAAGGGGCCUGCUCAAACACGAGGUGGUGCAAAGGUUCCUGCGCCUUCUGUCCCCCAUCCAGGUCCUUCCGCCCCACGUCGUCUGCGAGUUCAACCACGCGUGCGCCAGUGCCUUCAUCCGGCUGCUCCUGGAAAAGCAAAAGUGGCACGAGGUCCUGCUGCUGCUGACUGGCAAGGCCAACGCUGAGUCUUCUGUGGCAGACGGACUCAUCAAGAACUGUAACUUCUCAGACCUGGACAUCCGCACUGUGAUCCAGCACCUCAGUCACUGGGACCGGCGCCGCAUCUACCUCCUGGGCUGUCUGAUCGAUUGUGGGGCACCCACGGAGGGGCUGAACAGGAACCAAGACCGUGAAAGACCACUCACAAUGUGCUUGAAAAGUGGGGACUACCAGCUGGCCUUCCUGCUGCUGACCAAGGGCGCUGACCCCCGCGGCAUGACCCUCACAGAGGGCGACAUGCCUCUGCACGCGGCACUCUUCAUCUACUUGGAUAAACGAGCGGACAUCGGCUUCACUUUCCUGAGUCACCUGCUAGACCUGUACAGCUCUAGCCCGUCCGACUUCUACUUCCUGGACCCCAACGCCCAGGACGCCAAUGGAAACACGGUGAUGCACGUCAUCUUCCAGAAGGGCACGCUCAAGCGCGUCAGGAGAGUGAUGGACUUGCUGGCCAGGUUCGACAUUAACUUCAACCUGAAAAACAAAGAGGGCAAGGACGUGAGGCACCGCAUCAAGAAGAAUGACAUGCUGCUGGUGACCUGGAACAAGGCUGUGAUGGAGAACCGCCGGAAGGGCCGGCUGGACGGCAUCUCCUCGCACCCGCCGCGGCUCCUCAAGGCGCUGGCUGCCAGCCCCACACGGCAGCAGAAGAAUGGAGCCCUGUCUCCGGCGGGCUCCGCCUCCCAGCUCCCGCUGGGAGACGUGGACCCGGAGACGCAGGGGGCUGAUGGGCAGGCUCCGGCCGGCCGGGAGAGGGGCCGGGCCCUGGCGGCCUUGCGGCCAGAAGCCGAGGGCAGCAAGCCGUUCACCCUGCGGGAUAGCCUGGUGCAGGCCAUCGUCGUCCUGAUUCAGCAGAUGGAGCUGGGCUCUCUGGGCCCUGAGGACACACCGUCUUCCCCCAAGGCCGCCCCCGCGGGGGCCAUGGAGGAAGGGAGCCCUGAGGACCGUGUGGCGCCUGAGGAUGGCAAGAGCGAGACCGUGGGCGAGAAGCCUGCCUCACUCCCACAGGUGGAAGUCGAGGCCACCCGCUCUGGGCCACGGGCGGAGCCACAGCCGCCCGUGCCGGUCGGGGAGGAGGAUGGGGGCGAGGGCGCGGAGGAGGACGAGGCGCCAGUGCGGGAGCUGGGGGCCUACCUGCAGGACUUUGACAACAUGACGUGGGAGAUCGAGUGCACAUCGGAGAUGCUGAAGAAGCUGGCGAGCAAGGCGGUCACGCAGGUGCUCAAGAAGAAAAUCAUCACGGCCAUCCAGCACCUGGGCAACGGGGAGUGGACACAGGGCCUGCAGAAGCGGCUGCGGCACCUGCGCGGCGACAUCCGGCUCUACGAGGCCAAGCUGGACAAGGGCGCGCGCAUGCUCUGGGAGCUGGCCAUCGACUUCUCGCCUCGCUGCAGCGAGAAUCCCGAGAAGAUCAUCGCCACAGCACGGGCCUCGCACCCCCUGGAGAAGUCGGGCGGCGUCUACACAGAGAUCAUCCGCAUCUGGGACGUCGUGCUGGACCACUGCAAGCUGAACGACGCCAUCCGGGCCAUCUGCGCGGCCUACAACCGCGGCCUGUCCUGCAUCCUGCGCAAGAAGCUGAAGGGCAUCCACACGGGCCAGCUCUCCUCGGGCCUCAAGAUCCAGAAGCGCAUCCCACGCUGCUACGUGGAGGACACAGAUGCCGCUGACGGCCACGGCCGUGAGCGGGCAGUACCCGAGUACUUCCCGCCGGCCAGUGCCGUGGCCACCGAGUACAACAUCAUGAAGUUCCACAGCUUCAGCACCAGCAUGGCGCUCAACAUCAUCAGCGACAGCACGGCGCCGGCCGAGUACCCCUUCCGUGUGGGCGAACUCGAGUAUGCCGUCAUUGACCUCAACCCGCGACCCCUGGAGCCCAUCAUCCUCAUCGGGCGUAGCGGCACUGGCAAGACCACCUGCUGCCUCUACCGCCUCUGGAAGAGGUUCCACUCCUACUGGGACAAGGCCGACCGAGCGGGCAGCCCGCUCCUAGCCAAGCACACCUGGCCCCGGAAGCCAGGCGGGGCCGCCGCCGCCGAGGACGAGGAGCUGGCGGAGGAGGCCGCCGAGGACGAGGACGAGGACGAGCCCGAGGUCGUCGACAGCGGGGACGACGAGCCUGAGGACGAGUCAUCUUCCAGCGGCCCCGACCCAGACCCCCUGGGUGCGGCGGAGCCCGUGGAAGAGGCGGCCGAGCCGGGCGAGGUGGGGCAGCUGGAGCACCUGCGGCAGGUGUUUGUCACCAAGAACCACGUGCUGUGCCAGGAGGUGCAAAGGAACUUUGUGGAGCUGACCAAGUCCAGCAAGGCCACGAGCCAUUUCCGGCCGCUGGAGCCCACCGUGCACCGGCCUGCAGGACGUGCGGGAUGAGAGCUUCCGCUGUUCGUGACGUCACGGCAGCUGCUGCUGCUGCUUGACGCCUCCAUGCCCAACCCCUUCUUCCUGCGCAACGAGGACGGCAGCCUCAAGCGCAACAUCCUGGGCUGGUCCAUGCACGAGGAGUCGGCCAUCCCCAACUGGCAGGAGGACGAGGAGGCUGGAGAUGGCGAGGGCGACUACGGGGAGGAGGACAAGGCGGCGGAGGCGCACGGCGGCGAGAACGACCCCCGCGUCUUUGUGACCUACGAGGUCUUUGCCAACGAGAUGUGGUCCAAGAUGGUGAAGGGCAAGACGUCCCACAACCCGGCGCUGGUGUGGAAGGAGAUCAAGUCCUUCCUGAAGGGAUCCUUUGAGGCCCUGAGCUGCCCGCAGGGCAAGCUCAGCGAGGAAGCCUAUCGGCAGCUGGGCCGCAAGCGCUCGCCCAACUUCAAGGAGGACCGCGGCGAGAUCUACGCGCUCUUCUGCCUUUACCAGCGCAUCCGCUCACAGCAGGGCUACUUCGACGAGGAAGACGUGCUCUACAACCUGUCCCAGCGGUUGUCCAAGCUGCACGCGCUGCCCUGGUCCAUCCAUGAGCUCUACGGGGAUGAGAUCCAGGACUUCACGCAGGCCGAGCUGACGCUGCUCAUGCGCUGCAUCAAUGACCCCAACGCCAUGUUCCUCACUGGCGACACUGCCCAGAGCAUCAUGAAGGGCGUGGCCUUCCGCUUCAGUGACCUACGCUCCCUCUUCCACUACGCCAGCAAGAACUGUGUGGACAAGAAGCGGUGCCCGGUGCGCAAGCCCAAGCGCAUCUACCAGCUCUACCAGAACUACCGCUCCCAUUCUGGCAUCCUCAACCUGGCCUCGGGGGUGGUCGACUUACUGCAGUAUUACUUUCCCGAGAGCUUUGACCGGCUCCCCAGAGACGCCGGGCUGUUCGACGGCCCGAGGCCCACGGUGCUGGAGUCCUGCAGCGUCAGUGACCUGGCCAUCUUGCUCCGGGGCAACAAGAGGAAAACGCAGCCCAUCGAGUUCGGGGCCCACCAGGUGAUCCUUGUGGCCAACGACGUGGCCAAAGAGAAGAUCCCCGAGGAGCUGGGCUUGGCCCUGGUGCUGACCAUUUAUGAGGCCAAGGGGCUGGAGUUUGAUGAUGUCCUCCUGUACAAUUUCUUCACUGACUCUGAGGCCUACAAAGAGUGGAAGAUCAUCUCCUCAUUCACGCCUUCGCCUGAGUGCCGCAAGGAGGAGAACAAGCCCCUGGUGGAGGUGCCCUUGGAGAAGGCACAUGCGUCUCCGAGUCGGCCCCAGCUGCUCAAUGUGGAGGCCUACAAGCUUCUUAAUGGGGAGUUGAAGCAGUUGUACACUGCCAUCACCCGUGCCCGUGUCAACCUCUGGAUCUUUGAUGAGAACAGGGACAAGCGGGCGCCUGCCUUCAGAUACUUUAUCAGGAGAGACCUUGUGCAGGUGGUCAGGACUGAUGAGAACAAAGACUUCGACGACAGCAUGUUUGUAAAGACGUCAACUCCUGAGGAGUGGAUCGUGCAGGGAGAUUACUACGCCAAGCAUCAGUGCUGGAAGGUGGCAGCCAAGUGUUACCAGAAGGGAGCCGCCUUCGACAAGGAGAAGCUCGCCCUGGCCCAUGACGCCGUCCUCAAUGUCAAAUCCAAGAAAGUCAGCCCCAAGGAGAAACAGAUGGAAUACCUGGAGCUGGCCAAGACCUACCUGGAGUGUGGGGAGCCCAAGCUCUCCCUGAAGUGCUUGGGCUAUGCCAGAGAGUUCCAGCUUUCUGGCCUCCUCUGCGAGAAGCUAGGAAAGAUCAAAGACGCCGCCUACUUCUAUAAGAGAAGCCAGUGCUACAAGGAUGCCUUCCGGUGCUUCGAGCAGAUCCAGGAGUUUGACCUGGCCCUCAAGAUGUACUGCCAGCAGGGGCUCUUUGAGGAGGCUGCGCAGGCCGUGGAGAAGUUCGAGGAGAUGCUGAGAGCCAAGACGCAGCCGGUGUCUAAAUUAUCCUACUCUGCUAGCCAGUUCUACCUGGAGGCCGCGGCCAAGUACUUGAGCCUGAACAAGACCAAGGAGAUGAUGGUCGUCCUCGCCAAGCUCGACACCGAGGACCAGCUGGUGUUCCUCAAGUCGCGCAAGCGCCUGGCCGAGGCAGCCGCCCUGCUGAAGGGGCAGGGCCGCCGCGAGGAAGCGGCCCUGCUCAUGAGACAGCACGGCUUCCUGCUGGAGGCCUCGCGGCUGACUGCGGACAAGGACUUCCAGGCCUCCUGCCUGCUCGAGGCCGCACGCCUCAAUGUGGCCUGGGGCUCUGACACGGAGGACACCGAGGUCAUCCUGAAGGAGGCGCUAGACCUGUGCCACCAGACCGGGCAGGAGGUGGGCAUCGCCAAGGCCUACUUUCUGCAGGGCAUCCUGCUCAAAGACUUCCUGCUGCUCAAGGGGGCCUUCUACAAGUUCAUCCACCUGAACCACGCCGCGGGCGCAGUGGAGGCGCUCUACGAGGCCAUGCGCCACUGCCGCCCGGGCACCGACAAGCUGCUGGCCCUGGCGCCCGGCGGCCUGGAGGUGCUGCUGCACGUGGUCAGGGCCCUCAAGCGGGUGACCAACAACGCCGAGAGGGAGAUGGUCAAGUCGUGCUUCGAGUUCUUUGGCAUCUCGCGGGUGGACGCGCGGCACUGCCAGAUGUCCCAGAAUGAGCCCGGGCCCAUCCUGAAGAUCGUUCUCGACCUCAACCCGGCCUUGAAGGAGAAGAAGGCCAAAGACCCCUUGCUGGUGGCCGUGGACAGCGUCAAGCUGGCCCUGACCAAGCACCUGCUAGCGCGGCUCUGCGAGAUCUCGAGGGGCCUGCUGGCCAUGACCUGCCCUGGCAUCUGCCGCAGGUUCAUCGCCGGCCUGCAGUGCGAGGACCCCGCUUGCGUGGACUUCCACCGGCCCCUGCGGCGCUGCGAGGCCAGGACCCUCGUGCAGUCUCGCAUGCACCUGGCCGCGCUCAACGGACUUCUGCUGGAGGCGAAGCGGGUGUUCCCCAAGACGCUGGCGCCGGAGAUGGAGGAGAUCGACUACCUGCUGACGUCCGACUCCUAUGGGCUGUGCAAGGCCUUCCUGGACCUCAUCUUCCCCAAGCAUUUCCACCAGAGGGUCAUGUCGGAGAACCCUCUGUCCUGCCGCGAGAUGUUCCGGCCCAGCUACCGCUCCUUCAAGGCCUACCGCUUGGCGCUCAAGGAGUACGUGCACUUCCGCUUCCGGCACGAGCGCACCCGCAGCCAGCGCGAGUCCACGGACCUGUGGCUGAGCACCAUGCAGGCCCUGGUGCUGUCCUGCAGCUACCCCGAGGAGUUCGAGAAGCUGCUGCACCAGGUGGAGGAGGACUACAGCCGCGAGCUGCAGACGCUGGAGCCCCGUGACGACUCUCCGGAGGCCUGGGCGCGGGCCAAGGGCGUGGAGGGCAGGUGCGGCAUGCUGCUGCCCCACAAGGAUGCCGAGAGCGCCGAGAAGAUGCACCUGUGCUUCAUCCGGCUGCUGCAGAGCUCCCUGGACCAGCUCUACGUGUACCGCGACCCCGAGGACUGCAAGCGCCUCUUCUUCCGUUUCAUGAACGUGCUGGUGCGGCGCUGCAAGGAGCCGCUCAUCCCCACCAUCGGGCACACGCUGGCGCUGCUCGAGUUCCAGUUUGUGCAUUGUGGCGCCGUGCUGGUGCGGCUCUGGAAGAGCGCCGCGCUCUGCUUGCCGCGCAGCUACAUCGCCCUCAUGCACCACUGGGACUACCUGUUUGGCAAGAAGGACGAGGACAAGGAGCUGGGUGACGUCUUCGCCAUCAUUCAGGAGUACAAGCCCAAGGACGUGACCCACGCCAUCCGCACCUUCCGCUUCCACCUCGCCUACCUGGCCCGCGUGCUGUGCGGCUGUGAGAACAGCGACUUCGAUGUGCUGCUGGACGCCUUCAGCGACGUCCGCUGCGUGGCCUCCGGCGAGGCCGAGCGCGCCAUCGUCCUGUGCCUCGUCAUGCUGGUCAACGCCGGCGCGGUCAUGCGGCCCUGCUGCAAGCCCGUGCUGUGCCGUCACUUCCAGGAGAUCGCUUCCCGCCUCCGGCUCAUGCACGCCGAGUUCCCCUCCAAGGUGCCCGACCGGCUGCUGAGGGUGACGGACAGGCUGCUGGUCGCGGCCGACGUGAAGGCCGUCGCCGAGGCCCUGCAGGACCUGCUCUACGAGCGCGACGAGGAGUACCUGAUGGACUGCUAUUGGCGCUGGGACGCGGUGCACAGCAAGGGCGCCGUGGUGCGUGGCCUCUACUUCGAGGAGGUCAACCUGAACCGCCUGCUCUACCUCCACCCAGGGGACUCCUUCCUGGUCGACCUGGAGGCCGAGUUCGACCGGGACGAGCCUGCAGAGGAGAGAGAAGACGUGCUCGCUUCCAUCCUCUUCCAGAAGCGGAGCAAGGAGCUGCGUAAGAUCUCCUCCCGCCGCAAGCUCCGCAGGGUCUGCCUCGUCGUCUCCCUCUGCAUCAAGUGGUGGCGCCGGGCCUGCGCCAAGGCCGAGCCCUCCUGGGAGGAGCCCCGUGAGCUGGGCGCCGGCAACUUCAAGCGGGCCGACGUGGACAGGACGCAGUGUGACCUGUGCGGGGUCAAGUUCAUUCAAGGCCCGGAGAACUACUUUAGCUUGAGGGAGGCCUUGAUGCCCAUGGAGGCCGAGCCCACAGAGAGGGACGUCUUGGAGGCCGGCCCGGACUUCGAGGCCGGCGAGUCCUAUGAGAAGCACGUCCACCUCGAGGCCCACCAGAUGAAGCACGCGGCCUACCAGCGCUACCUGGAGUUCUUCAGCACGAGGGUGGACCCGGCCAUCGGCGAGGGCAAGCUGGUGGUGAGGAGCAUCGAGCAGAGCGCCUGCACCGAGAGCCACCUGGGCUCCCAGGAGCACAGCCGGGUCCUGCAGAGGAAGAUCCUCGAGAACAUCAAAAGGGUCUCUGAUGCGGUGGAGGACGUCUACCGGAGGAAGGCCUGGGCUGACGCUGAGGAGACGAUGACUAGGCUGGUUAACAUUUUGACCCCUUCUGUCAGUGAUGCUCGGGAGUGGCUGAUGAGAACAGAGGACCGUUUGAAGGAGGAAGGCAUUGUUCAGGAAAAUGACUAUGAGAACGAAGUGGAAGACUUUGGGGAGCUCCGGCCCAAGAAGUUCUCCAAGAAGCGCGGGUGGCGCCGGAGAUACUGAGCCGUGGCGCCCCGGCCACGCCCAGGCGUGCCAGCGCCCACGAGAGAUGGGUGUACAUAGUGUAAAGAAGGGGCCGGCCAGGCCUCGCUUUUUACCUGUUUGUUACUCUGUUGUUCUCUCGGGGUCCGGGCGUCUGCUCGCCCACCUGCCUUCGCUGACAUGUAAGGGGAUUUCAGGAACAAAACUCCCACAGGCCAGGCUUCCUGGAAGUCCGAGUCAGGGCUCCUGCCCCUGAGGUAUCACUGGACCAGAGAACGGUGGAGAUGGUGGGCGGCCCUCGAGGCCCGGCCCAGCCCUGCGGAGCUGCCUUUGGCGCCGCCUUUCCUACCCUGUGUCGGCAGCACAGCGGGCACGACUUGUAAAUAGGAGGCGCCCGUGCCCAGUGUGUGCUGCCACUCUUGUGGACACAGGACGCUCCGCUGGUGGGAGGGGGAGCCGUGCCCUCCUGGCCCUCCUGAUGCCCAUCUCCACCUGCUGCCCCCAGGACCGCCCCGCAGGCUGCACGGAGCCCUGCGGGGAGAGGUCGGGCGGGCUUCUCUCUUGUAGGCAGCCCUCCUGGGAGCAAAGUCUGCCUUCCCUUGGUCUUGACAGUUGGCUGAUCGAGACUCGCCUACCUCAGAAUUAGGUCAGGAAUGUCCUUCCCCAGUGUCCUGUGGAGUCCUUGUUCUCUGUACCCUUUCCCGGGGGAGGCCCCCGCGCCCUGCGGCUCAGCCUGCCUUAUGGUGGCGGCCCACCCCUGGUACUAAGGAAGGCGAGCCCCUGCCCCCUUGCGCAGAUAAUCCAAAACUACUCUGACAGAGCUCGACACUGCACCUCCUCCCCAGUGUUUAUUUCCGGCCGGAAGAUUCGCUUUUCUCUCUCCACGCCCGCCUGCCAUCCGUCUGUCCAGCCAGCCAGCCAUCCGUCUAUCCGGUGCAGGCUCGGAUGAUGAAGAUGGCCCACCCUUCGCUGAGCACGCCGGGGCUCGCAGAGCGCGCAGAGAGAGGAAGCAGCUGCCGGCCGGCUGGUCGCCGCGGUGUGGGACCCGAGUCAGAAGUGGCCUGUGAAGCCCACCCGGCCUGCUUUGAGUGCCUGAAGGGAAGGGAGGCUGGGUGUCCUCUGUGUCCGUCUCUGCUGUUAGCCGCGUUCAUUCGCUUUCUCUUUGCUCCGCCCUUCGCUGCCCGCGCGGGGCCCGGGCCUCCAGCUGAGCCUGGGCUUCCCCAGGCCGGUGGCCCCAGCGUUUCCUGCAGGUGUCCCUUCCUGUUCUUCAUUGUUGUUCCAGAUGUUUUUAUAGAUUUCACUGGCCAAAAGCAGAACCAAACAAAAGUAUUGUUGUCUAUCAAGUUUUUACAAAU